AAUCAAAUUACCUACCACUCCUCUAGAUUAACGUGCACCAAUUGCAUCAACAACUUUCCAUUUUCCCCUUUCAUUUCACAUUUUCUUUCCCAAUAAUGACUCGCCUAUGACCUGUUCGACGAAAUUCCUCAAAGAGAAUAUAUAUUGAAAAACCCAUUUUCCGAAUUCUACCGACACCCUUUGCCCUCUCCAUCUCUGUUGUGUUGUUGAAAGAGAGAGAGAGAGAGAGGGGAAAAUUUGGAAGAAAAGAAAUGCAGAGGACAAAGGAUCAACGGUCAAGAUCUUCAAGACCGAUAACGAUUCAUGGGUUAGCGCAAUCUGGAGAUGUUGUUGCGUUUAAAAAGUUGCUUAAUGAUAACCCAUCUCUUCUUAAUGAACGUAACCCUGUUAUGGUGCAGACGCCUCUUCAUGUUGCUGCUGGUUAUGACAAUGUCGAAAUACUCAAGUUUUUGCUCAGUUGGCCGGGCACAGAGCAGGUGGAGCUUGAAGCCAAGAACAUGUAUGGGGAGACACCAUUGCACAUGGCAGCCAAGAACGGUUGUAAUGAAGCAGCAAAGAUGCUUCUUGCUCAUGGUGCUCUUGUUGAAGCCAGAGCCAAUAAUGGGAUGACUCCGCUGCACCUUGCUGUUUGGCACUCACUACGAGCCGAAGACUAUUCAGCAGUAAAGACAUUGUUGGAGUAUAACGCGGAUUGUAGUGCUGAAGACAAUGAGGGCAUGACUCCUAUAAAUCAUCUCUCUCAAGGCCCCGGAAAUGAAAAAUUGCGCGAACUGCUCCAUGGGUAUCUUGAAGAACAAAGAAAACGUAAAGCCAUUGAAGCAUGCAGCCAAACUAAAGCUAAAAUGGAUGAACUUGAAAACGAAUUAUCUAAAAUAGUGGGGUUAGACGAACUUAAACUGCAACUCCGCAAAUGGGCAAAGGGGAUGCUCUUGGAUGAGAGGCGUAGGGCCCUAGGGCUUAAAGUCGGUGCAAGAAGACCACCCCAUAUGGCUUUCCUUGGAAACCCCGGAACAGGAAAAACUAUGGUUGCUCGAAUUCUUGGAAAAUUACUUCAUAUGGUUGGGAUUCUUCCUACUGACAAGGUGACAGAGGUGCAGAGAACAGAUCUGGUUGGUGAAUUUGUUGGUCAUACAGGGCCAAAGACGAGGAGAAAGAUCCAAGAAGCUGAAGGGGGGAUUCUUUUUGUUGAUGAAGCCUAUCGAUUAAUACCUAUGCAGAAGUCGGAUGACAAGGACUAUGGUUUGGAAGCGCUAGAGGAGAUAAUGUCUGUUAUGGACAGCGGGAAAAUUGUAGUAAUUUUUGCAGGUUACAGUGAACCAAUGAAGCGCGUGAUCACUUCUAAUGAAGGUUUCUGUAGAAGAGUAACAAAGUUUUUCCAUUUCGACAACUUUAGCUCUGAAGACCUUGCGAAGAUUCUUCAUCUUAAAAUGACCAGUCAAGCUGAUCGUAGCUUGCUAUAUGGAUUUAAGCUGCAUCCUUCAUGUACCGCUGAUGCAGUUGCAUCACUUUUCAAGGAAGAAACCACUGAAAAACAGCGCAAGGAGAUGAACGGAGGUCUAGUUGACCCAUUGCUAGUUAAUGCAAGAGAGAAUUUGGAUCUGCGACUCAGUUUUGACUGUAUAGACUCAGACGAACUACUAACGAUUUCUCUAGAGGAUUUAAAAGCUGGUCUUCAAUUGUUAUCGCAAACAGGAGCAGCUUAGUUGUGACUUCUCUCCAAGCCAAAUAGAGCGUGGAGCCAAGAAGUUGCCACAGACCUUGGAACGGAUUUUAGCUAGAGGUAGAUUACUGCAGGCCUGCAGGUCUGUGUCUGUUCUCCGUGUAUACUUCCUCGUGAAUUUCUCUCUUCUUUCUUCGCAUAUUGCAAUCUUGUAUUAGUUAGUAUAUUGCAUUUAAUAUCCAUUUAUAAAUUCUUUAUUGUACUCAGGAAAUUCUUCAUGUUGUUUGUUAUUAGGUUGGAUCAAAAUUGUUGUACUGAACUGCUAUAAAAGUUGUAUCCAUGUAAUGUUAAGUGACCUCUCUAGUUUUUGGGGUUCCAUGUUGUAA